GGUGAGGUCCGGCCUCGCGACGCCACAGCCAGAGUUGGAAAGCGAAACCGCCCUCGUCUGCAAACGGCACCGCCCGCGUCCGCCCCUGGGGCCGCCCGUAAGUUUCGAUUCUCGGUGAAGCGGACUCCCGCGCGGCGGCAGCCAUAGCGAGCCAUGGCCGACCCCGGAGUGUGCUGUUUCAUCACCAAGAUCCUAUGCGCCCAUGGGGGCCGCAUGACCCUGGAGGAACUGCUGGGUGAGAUCAGUCUCCCCGAGGCGCAGCUCUGGGAGCUGCUGGAGACGGCGGGACCCGAUCGCUUCGUGCUGUUGGAGACCGGAGGCAAGGCCGGGAUCACUCGCUCAGUGGUGGCCACCACUCGAGCCCGCGUCUGCCGUCGCAAGUACUGCCAGAGACCGUGCGACAGCUUGCACCUCUGCAAGCUCAACCUGCUGGGCCGGUGCCACUAUGCACAGUCCCAGAAGCACCUCUGCAAAUAUUCCCAUGAGGUCCUCUCAGAGAAGAACUUCCAGGUCCUGAAGAGCCAUGAGCUGUCUGGGCUUAACCAAGAGGAGCUGGCGGUGCUCCUGGUCCAGAGCGACCCUUUCUUCCUGCCUGAGAUAUGCAAGACUUACAAAGGAGAGGGCCGGAAACAGGUUUGCGGGCAGCCACAACCAUGUGAGAGACUCCACAUCUGCGAACACUUCACUCGGGGCAACUGCAGUUACCUCAACUGCCUCAGGUCUCAUAACCUGAUGGACAGGAAGGUGCUGGCUGUCAUGAAGGAGCACGGGCUGAGCUCUGAGGUGGUCCAGAACAUCCAGGACAUCUGCAACAACAAACACACUAGGAGGAACCCCACCACCGUGAGAGCUCCUCAUCCACAUCGCAGAGGCGGGGCACACAGAGACAGAAGCAAAAGCAGAGACCGGUUCUUUCAGAACAGUCUAGAAGUUUUCCCAAUGGUCUCACCUGUGGGAUCUGGUCCCUCUAGCCCAGACAUCACCGGCUGUAAGGAUUCCCUGGAGGAUGUGUCUGCAGAUAUCACCCAGAAGUUCAGGUACCUGGGGACUCAGGACCGUGCGCAGCUUUCGUCCGUGUCAUCUGAGGCUGCUGGUCUCCGAGGACACAGCCCAAUGGGAGCGAGCCAGGAGUUCUCAGAGGAUGGGGACCCAGAUGGCUUGUUUUCUAGGAGUCGUUCUGGUUCGUCCUCAAGUCGAGCCUCCGAGGGCUUUCCUCUAGAUGUUGCACUAACACUUGAAGCCGUGACCAUGAAAACCGGCCAGCUUUCCGGACACCGCAUGGAUGUCAAGGGCAAGAGUGAGGCUCCGGGGGUCCAGCACGUGUCUUUUUUUAACAGUUACGCCGAUGGGGUGACUAAGGAAGGGACGGCCUCAGGAAUUCUAGGUAACAGGGCCACAGCCAAUGGUCUGGGAGAAAAGGCAUUGCCAAGCAGCCAUUGGAAGAGUGCAGCUAAGCACCAAGAUCCCCACAGCACUGGCAGAAUCACCAACAGUGGCGAAGACAUGGUGUUCCUGAAUAAUAAAUAUGGAGCAAACACUACAGUGUGGACAAAUCCAUCGACCCGUAAUGCACCAAAUGGCUCUAGUCGAAUUACGGAUGGAACUCCAAAUGACCCUAAAAGUAGUGCCACUGUGUUUGGCGUAAAAGCAGCAGUCACUGGUGGAAAAGUAGUGUCUUCAGGAGCUCAGAGUCUGAGAAGCCAGGUCCUGGCUAAGCCUGGGGAGACCACUGCCCCUGUACAGGCCAACAAGCUGCCUCAGUCGCCUCUGCCUUCCUCAAGCCACAGAGUUGUAGCCUCUGGGACCCCUGGCAAGAAUUCCGCCUCUGCCACUGUGAGCCUAGCCAGUGAACCUUCGUGGAUGACCUCCAACUCUGGUGAGUAUCCCCUGUGCUACACCACAAGUCCUAUAUCUCCAAGGAUGGAUAAUCAAGGCCCACAGGAAAUCUGCCUGGAUCAUCUGUAUAAGAACUGUCAGCAGGGCAACUGCAACAAGAGCCACUUCCAUCUGCCCUACCGGUGGCAGGUGUUCUUACUUCCCACUUGGGAGGACAUGCAGGACAUGGAGAGAAUCGAGAAGGCCUACUGUGACCCCCAGGUUGAGAUCAUUUUGAUAGGAAAGCAUCAAAUCAAUUUCCAGAAAAUGAGUUGUGAUUCUUAUCUCAUCCGACGCCUCUCCACUCCUUCAUCUGUCAAAAAGCCAAACGACAAUAUCUUCACCACCAAGUGGCUUUGGUACUGGAAGGAUGAAUUUAAUAAAUAUAUUCAGUAUGGGGAUGUGAGCUCGGACCAUCCCAGUUCCGACAUCAGCGCUACGUACCUGGAGUCUUUCUUCCAGACCUGUCCCAGGGGAGUUGUGCCCUUUCAGGCCGGUUCACAGAGCUACGAGUUAAGCUUCCAAGGGAUGAUCCAGACAAACGUAACUUCCAAGACUCAAAGGCAUGUCGUCAGAAGGCCUGUAUUCCUUUCUUCAAAGGACGUGGAGCUGAUAAGAAGAGGUCUAGACCACGAGCCAGUGAUACUGCAGGCAGAUGCUCUUCCGAAGAGGAAUAUCAGCAGCCCCAUUUCUCCUGGCAAAUACGAGUUUCUAGAGCUCAAUAGCCAGGAUACAGAAUACGUCACAAUAAGUGAGCUUUUUAGAGCAUCCAUGAAACAGUUCAAGAUUGCAAAGAUAAAGAGGAUAUGGAAUCAAUCGCUCUUGGACACUUUUGAAAGCAAGAAGCGGAAAAUGAAGAAUAAAAACGAGAUGCUCCUGUUUCACGCGACGUCCCGCACUCAUGUGGAUUAUAUCUGUAAGAAUAAUUUCGAAUGCAUCCUGCAUGGCAACCGGGAAAGCAAAUACGGAAAAGGAAAUUACUUUGCAAAAGAAGCCAUCUACUCCCACAAAAACUCUUUAUAUGAAACCAGGAACAUUGUUAUGUUUGUAGCCCGCGUCCUGGUUGGAGAUGUCAUUGAAGGGAAUAUGACAUACAAGAGCCCUCCUGUGCCCUAUGACAGCUGUGUGGACACCAGGUUGAACCCCUCCAUCUUUGUCAUCUUCCAGAAAGAGCAGAUUUACCCAGCGUAUGUGAUUGAGUACUCUGAGUCAGAGAAAGAAAAAGCCUGCAUAAUUAGUUAGAAAUAACGUGUAUACGGUGCCCAAACAAUUCUGUUGAUGUCUAGGACCAACUCAUCCCCAAACAGUAGACAGGCCUU